AUGCACAGAUCAUGGUUCUCAUACCCGAUAACCAAACCGUACCCCUUUCGGUGGUUUACGCCAGUCGUCGUCAUCGGCGGUCUUGUUCUCGCUGUUCUCCUCUCCCUGGCCAACCUGAGUGCCAAUGGAUUUUACUUGAAGAGCGUUUACAUAUCCGACCCCAACGCUACGGAAGACUCGGCAAACGGGCUUUGGUAUAGGAAGCCCCCAUUCAACUGGCAGAGCGACGUGCAGGCAGAAUGCCAACCGCGCCUGCUGUCGGUCGGCGAUUCGUUCUUCACCUCGAACCAGGGAUUCCGGUACACAGUCGAGGCCAUUGAAGAUUCGGCAAAAAGAUCACAGCCUGCGGUCCGCUACAAGAACAACUUCCUCCGCGACUGCGUACCGACAACCAUAAACAUCAAGCUAAGAAAGGUCGACACCGCGGCGCCAUCGUGGUGGAUAUCGUGGUUAGAGUCGACGGCAGAGGCGACGGUGAGCUGCGGUGUCGUUACCGACGACGGCUUGGUGACCAUAACACUCGCGACCACGGGCGUGGGCAGAGGCGAUCGCAAGUUGCUGAACACAUACUGGAGCGGGGUGAUGUCUGUGGCAUCUCAAAUGAGCCUGCGUGACAGAUACGUCGUUCGUGCGGGUUUGACGUUCAACACAAAACCGUCAGAAAAUGACAUCCAGACCGAUACCUUCUUCGAUCUGUACUGGUGGAUGACCCACAAUGACAGCCUAAUCGCGAAUAAAGGCUUUGCUGAGAACAUCACGGAUUACAACUCCAAGUUUUACGGCUCGCCAACCUUUACUGAAGGUCUUCAUUACGCCAAGAUCCUGUACUCUCUGCUCUCGUUGGACCUGGGUAGUUGCCAGCUGCCAAGCCUGUUGCUCGACGAAGAUGGUCUCCGGUACGCAAUCCUGGCGCCAGACGACCUCAACCGAGUACGCGGGGGGCUCUUGAAUGAUUCUUUCACAGUGCGGGUGAUGGAUUCAGACCGCUACAAGACGAUCCCGAGUCCCGGGGACGACGGUACGGGUGGAGACCAGAUAGAUCUCAAAGAGAGCUAUCGCCUGAUUCGGCCUCUCACAGGACCGUUGGGCUGUUCCAACGCCACCGUCGUCACUCAAUACCUCUGCUCCGUUCCUCAGCAGAAGGGAUGGGGGGUGUUGCUGUUCUCCAUCCUCCUCGCAGAUCUCGUAUUUCUCCAAGCAGCGUGGAAAAUCCUGACGUGGGUUUCUGAUGGGAUCGUAGCACGGCAAAACCCGGAAGCAAUGUCGUGCCAGAGUCAUAGCAUUCAGAGCGAGUCUUAUGAGCUCGUCGAUGGCUCCAAAGUGCCCCACCAAGCAGCCAAACCGAGUUCAGAGGAAGGAUGA